GUCAAACUCUCGCGCCAGAGACGGCUUCGACAGACAACGAAAACAUCGUCGUGUUUGUUUCUGUUUCUUUUGUUUAAAAAAAAAAAACCUUAGAGCAAAAUGCCCAAAGUGAAGAGGAGUCGGAAACCUCCUCCAGACGGCUGGGAGCUGAUUGAGCCCACACUGGACGAGCUGGAUCAGAAAAUGAGAGAAGGUGAGACGAUUAAAGAAGAUGAGUCUGAAAACACGCAGAGUAACGAGUAAAAACGAGUAAACCUGCUGCUUCUCAUCUGAUUGUCUCGACUAUUAUUCUAAACGAUUAUUUCAGGGAUCAUUGAAAAGGCUGAUCAGACGUUUCUGACGGUGAAACGCUUACUUAUUCUGAGGAUUUGUUCAAAAUAAAAAUAAAAAAUCAAGUUGCCUGGAGUUCGGUCAGGAGAAACUGUUUACUCUCUCAAAUAAUUUAAAUACCUCAAACACCCGUCCAAAACAAAAGGAUUUACAACACAGAGAUGUCAACCUUCUAGACAGUUAUGUUCAUUUAUGCUCUCCGUACUUAGUGGGGGUAGGGCUGGGCGAUAUGGGAAAAAGUUUAUCAUCUGUUGAGCCUUCAUCUGCAUUUCUGCCGGGGGUAGCACCAUAGACUGUAAGUAGAAUGGACACCGUCUGCCUCCUCGCUGGGUCAAGUCACUCCGAGAACAGCACACUCUGGUGACGGGCUGCAGUAAAGGUCAUAAAUCCCACCUCCUCCAGCAAUCCGUACGGAGCUGUGGACAAACUUUAGAAAUUUAUUACACAGAACUAAAUUUUUCUCCCCACUGCUUGCGAUGUUAACAUGUAGUAACUGUAAGACUGGUUUGUGCUCAAGUCCUCUUUUUUUCUGUACAGCCCAGUUUUUAAAAGUUACUAGGGGGUUCAUGUUUUCUAUGAUUGACACCUGAUAUAGCCUAUUGGCAUUCAGGGAUUGCGUAGCUCACCAGGGGGAUGUGCUGUUUGAACCAUCAUAGCGGCUCUUGGUGACUCUUCCGCCGAAUGCGUACAACGCUACUGCGCAAUGUUGAUUUCAGGAAAUGAAAAAAAAUCGCGGAAAUACCGAGAGCUUUUUGGCUUCAAAUCCGCUCUAAAAUAUUCUGGUAGACUUUAAGCUUCAUUGACUCUAGACUUGAUAAAAUACAGUAGAUCAAAACUAGUAGAUGACAUGGCACCCCAAAUCAUCACAGACUGUGGAGACAUCAUGCUGGACUUCAGGCAGUGAAUGAUGCCUUCAGUGAAAAUAGUAUAGGGGAGGAAAUCACACUUCUGUCAACCUGUAGGUUUCACAGUGACGUCAUGUCUGGUGGCCACUUUUUAUUCAUGUGAACCAAGUGAUCUGGUUUCACUUUAAAAUUCAGUUUGGGUUGUUUUUGACCAGUGCGAUGACUCCAGGAUCUCUGUGCUUCAUGAAACUUAGUUUUUUCUUGUUUGUGCAGAAAAAGACCCAAAGUUUUAAAGCUUCAGACUUAAGAAAAACAGCUACAACUGGUGACAUUUUGAACCUACAACCACACCACCACACAGGUCAUCAUCAGUCAUUAGAAUACCUUCUUAUCAGAACCAUUCUGUUUUUCCUCUUUCUCAGCUGAAACAGAGCCUCAUGAGGGAAAGAGGAAGGUGGAGUCCCUCUGGCCAAUUUUCAGGCUGCAUCAUCAGCGGAGUCGAUACAUCUUCGACCUUUUCUACAAGAGGAAAGCCAUCAGCAGAGGUAGAGGAAGUUUCUCUUGUCAUCCAGUCAAAACAUUUUACAUUUUUGUUAUUAUAACAGUUGAUGUUAUCUUGCAUCAAAACUCACUCAACAUAAUGUUUACUUAAGUUGAAUUGAAGACUUAAAAACAGGCAACUGGACUGUGUAGACUCUACACAGUCCAGUUGCCUGUUUUUAAGUCUUCAAGAUAACCAUGACCUGGAUGAAUGAGAAUCUACAUGGACAUACUUGAGUUGAAGUAAUUCAGUUCUGUGAGUGAGUUUUAAUGGCAAUGUAUCUACAAAACCUAUAAAAUAUAAGGUUGCCAUGAUUUGUAAGAGAUGUGCUGACUGUCCAAACCCUUUACUUGUAUUUUUCCUGACAGAGCUGUAUGAGUACUGUAUAAAGGAAGGAUAUGCAGAUAAGAACCUGAUAGCAAAGUGGAAGAAGCAGGGCUACGAGAACCUGUGCUGCCUGCGCUGCAUCCAGACAAGAGACACAAACUUUGGAACCAACUGCAUCUGCAGAGUCCCCAAGAGCAAACUGGAAGUUGUAAGUUUGGUAUAUAGUCUUAAACUCCUAUGGAGCUGAGGCACGCUGUAAAAUGUUGAUAAAAACAGAAUUUGAUGGUUUUUAUAUUAUUCAAGCAGAGUGAAAAUUGCUUUGACUGAAGCUGUAGAUGUCCUCCUUUCUACAGUUUAUUAUUAAAUAUAAGAGUUUAAAAUUUAGUCACAUGAUAUUUUAUAAUUGAAGUGAACCUGCCGACUUUAUGGCACUGUUCCCUCUCUGCUCUCAUGUACUUAACCACUGUCUUCUUCUCUGCAGGGGAGGAUCAUUGAAUGCACCCACUGUGGAUGCCGAGGUUGUUCUGGCUAGGCGCAGAUUUUGCUCGUCUUUCUGUCUCACACAGCCUCCAUCUGCAGUCUCUAAAAACCUCAGAGCAACAUCAUCUUACUUUAGUCAGAAACCAAAUCUUCAUCAUCAUCAUCAUCAUUCGCUGCCUUUAUUGGAGGGAGGGCUGGAGCUUGUAGUCUUCUCCUUUAAACACAGGAGCGCAAGAGGUGGUAAAUGAAGGGGGCAUUUUUUCUUUUCUUGUCAUUUAUUUUCUUCUUUUUUUGAUAUCUCGCCCUGAACUCCAGAAGUUCAAAAGUAGAAGCUGAGGUCAGCAGCUUCUAGAUCAGAUGUGUUUUAGAGCUAGUUUUGCCCAUCGUGAAGAUUUUAAAUUCUUGUGUUUUCAUUUCAUCUAAAGGGCUGACAGAGGGGGAGUGGUUUUUGUUCAGAAAAUGUGAUUGUUUGAACCUGUAAACUUCAUUUUUGUUGUCUACUUUUAAAUAAACCAUUUCUCAUUUACUUACUCA